AGCAGCUGUAGGGAGUUGUCAAGGGCAAGCAACCUAUUUAGACUCGUGUUAUCGUGACUAGUGAUGCUCUCGUGACGUACAGGAUAGGCAAACUCAUGUAAGUAGAAUCUUUCUCGGAUGAGCUGUUGUUGACCCAACCUUGUUGCCUUAGACUCGAAGCCUGUCGCCACUCCACGAUUAUGCCUAACCUCUUCGGCCUCGACGUAGAAGCACACGCAUUUAUCCUUUGCUGGUGCCAUGGAACCAACUCCUAUCAUACUCAACUCCGAUGGCGAUGAUGCCCCAGCAAGGUCCUCGAUGAGCAAGUUGGCGCUCGAACUUUGCUGAAUAAGAAAGGAAGAUGGUGCUUUAUCGUCAUAAAGGUACACGAUAGUUGAUCUGUUGGUGUACCCUAGGAAACGGUGUUGUACCUUGACGGCAUAUAGGAGGCUAUAUAAUUCCGACCAUCUCCCACCAGAUUGUUUGACUGUUGUAGGAGAGGCACCACUCACUCCUGUCUGGUACAAGUCACUGGUGUUCGGUUCAUUCUCUACGUUCAGAAGUUCUAGAGAGUUCUUCUGGAGAAUACUACUUCACCACAUCACCGGACGACCAGAGCUUGGUAUUCUAUCAGACAGAGUCGGUCCAGCUGUUCUACGACUUACAUGCUGUCACUACUACAAUUCACAAAAAACACCAAUUACACAUCAUCGCACUUCCUGGUCAGAAGUUCACAGGCUUCUUGCCCAAUCCCUCCUACCUCUACCAACCCAUCACCCUCACCAAACAAACAAACAUCCACAAUGCUCCGCAUCUUCAACCACAUGGUCCCCUACCCCCGGCCCAAGGGCUUCCUCGUCCCAGACCCGGAAGUCUACAAAGGCCUCGACGCAAUCCAACACCACGGCACCGUCACCUCGGACCUCGCUCAGCGCACAGGAUACGUCCGCUGCCUAGCCAUCACGCAGCAGGAUAAACUCCGCGAAGAGCUAGCCUACCUCAAAGAAUGCCAGCUCCACGACCACGAGCGCAUGGACGAGGACUACGGUAUGAGGAUGCAGGCUUGCAACAUGCAGUUCCGGCCUGGCGGACUCGGUUCUGGUGCUGCGGAUAUGUACCCGAGGAAGAUGUCGAAUGGUGACAUCUUGAUGGCGAAGAGGAUUGAGAAGUGCUAUAGGAGACGGAUGAGGGAUUUGAAGGAGGAGAAGAGGAAGAAUGCGAUUUGGUUGGAUUUGUGGUAUGAUAAGCAGGUUGUUAAGGUUGAUCGGUUGUUGAGGAAGGAGUGGGAUCAGAGAGGGGAGUGUGAGGGGUAUCCUUACUGGGCCGAGGAGAGGCGCGAGGUGAAGCGCAAGGUGAGGCGUUCUGCGAAGUAGGGCUUCAAGGGGAUGCAUGGGUACAUUAACUUACGACAUAUCACGACUUCUGUAAGAUCACAGAGAGAUGCUUGGGUACUGGGUCGGGUCUGCUUUUUGAGUACAUACUACACUACCACUACACUACUGGUGCUCAUCAAGAGAUUGAGGUCUCGACGUAUAUAUUAGGAGUCAUG